AUUCCGUCCGCAACUUCGCCAUGUCUGCUAUCGUCACCAAAGCUACCUCCUUCGUUAAUUGCGCCAUAAACAAGACCAACCAGCUCGCUAGCGGGGCUCUUUACUGGGGUAAGGUUACUGCUGAAAUCGGCAAGGUAGUUUCCAAGAACGAAGGUUUGGCUCCACCAUCCACACAACAAUUUCAGACUUUCUACCAAAACGCCUUCAAGUUUGUGCAAUCUCCAGCUCAGCAAAAGGCUUUCCUUGAAUCUGCUGCCAAAUUCAGACCAGGCAAGCAAUGCGCUGUCAAGGCUGCUGUUUACGGUACCCAGUUGUUGGCUUUCUUCUCUGUUGGUGAAAUAAUCGGCAGAAGAAACGUUUUUGGCUACCCAGCUGUUGGUGGUCACCACUAAAUUGAUAGGAAUAAGUCUCGUGUUGUAGUUGAUGUUUCCGUAAAGAGCUAAACAUCAAAAGCUACGACCAUCAGUGCCAUAUUCAUAAUCAUCUACAUCUCCUAGUAUUGUUUUAGACAUUUGCUAAUCAAAUGCCGGACAAACAUUACACAACGAUAGUAAACAAAAUCAAACACAUACACCACAAAUCAAUAAACCAAACUAAACCAACCUAAAGAAAUUUUAUUGUUAUAGAUUUCUUUCAUGCCUUGUAUAUUCCGACUAGAGGUUUGAUGGGGCCAUCUGUUCUUCGUUCAUAUUCAUCUUAGAAGUAUUUCCGAUUCUAUAUUUAUUUCCAAGUGCAAUACACACUUCAUUGAGUU